AUGAUUCAGUUGGAGGUCUGCAUACCGGUAGAGGUGGAAGGCAAAUAUGGAGAGUUCUACCCCGGUGUCAUCAAUGGGUUGAAAUCCUUAGAAGAACUUAAUGUGACACUAUUAGAUUCUUCCCACUCGAAAGCCCUUGUGGAAUUCACUCUCCCUCCUUCCUCGUUGCGUCUCCCUCCAAAGGAUCCAGGAACAGUUCUAGAACCAGUCCAAGGACUAGAGGUUGAUGUGUUAAUCAGCUCAUCUCCUGGCGAGCCACCUGUAGACCAUGAGUUAUCAAGUGAUCCGAUUGCUUCUAAACUUUCUGCCUGGUGGCCUGCUGUUGUAAGGAAAAUUGGUGGGAGUUUUGUUAUUGUGGAGUUAAUGGCUGACUUCUCUUCUGAGAAUGCUGGUUCAAACGAAGUAACUGUCCUUCCCAACAAACGCAUUAGUGUCCCUCACCCUUCAUCACUUGAAAAAACAGAUAUUGUUGAAAAGCACCAAUUGAGACCACGGAUUCAUCAUCCCAAUCUUAGUGUCUCGUCCUUUCACAUCCAUGCUAUAGAUAUACCGGACGAGUUAGCUCCAUAUUGCAGAGAGCCUGCCAAUUACCAUCAUUUUGCGCGACGAUGUGGUUUGCCUGUCCUGAUCACUUUGGCGCCCGACACAUUUAAAUCCGUGUCCCCAGUUAUUAAGGGGGACAGUGAGACGUACAACCUAAAGUCCCGUUUGCUUGUAAUUUCUACAGAUAUCUCCACAAUCAACAGGGCAUCUGUCAUCGACAACACGUUCGUUGACAUGCUGCGACAAAAAGUCUCCAUUUUGCAACAAACUGAAGAACUAUCCAAAAAGUUGGUGGCGUCGCGCCUUAAUCAGCAAUCACCAUUCGUUGAAGAAUUCCUCAUACCUCUGGAUUUAAUCCAUUAUGCAAUUGGCGCUCAAGGGUCAAAUAUUAGACGCGCUAGUGCUAUUGAAGGUGUACUUUCUGUCAAGUUAGAUCGCCAGACUGGUAAUAUCAGGAUUUCUGGGAAGACUCAAGAUGCUGUUAAAAACGCGAAGAAGUUAUUGGACUUCUCUCAAGACAUCUUUCAGAUACCUAAAUCAUAUGUAGGUCCUAUCUUGGGAUCAGGUCGUCGACACGUUCAACAUAUCGUGGAUCGAGUGGGACUUGUUGGAAUCAAGAUUUCUAAAUCACCUGAAGACGAUCGUGAGCACGUUUCAUUCCAGUUAACGGGAACUCAGCAAGCCAUACGUGAUACACAGUUAUUUUUGGAGUUUCAAGUCGCAAGCUUACAGGAGUUAGAUCGGCUUCGUGGUGUUGAGAAUCCGCCGUCUAUAUUAAAACCCAAGGAUGCGACCAUCCCACUUAAAGAUAUUUCGAGCAAUGAUGAGUCUUCAAAUCCUCUCACACAUUCUGAAAAUGGUCAUCGUAUAUCAAACGGUGACAAUCAAAGUUCAAAAUGCAGUGAAUCUAACUAUGCUGUACAUUCAAAUAGUUGCUCAAAUAAGGAGGAUCCGGAGAAACAAGAAACUACUUAUAACAACAUUACAAAUUCACGUCCACAUCCUGGUGGACGUCAGCCCAAGCCGAGACCUCAAGUCAAUCAAAUAAGACCAGAUUCUCGUCAAAUUCCUCGCAUUCAACGAGGCGGUGGUGAAAGUAUUCGCAAUAGUGGAAGUAAUCAUACUGGUGUUUCUAAGUCUUCGGCCAACCAUGUUAACUCCAAAAACCCUAAUCAGCAAAGGAAUCAACCGAAUCAUCGUUCGGAUUCCAUGGGACCUAGAGGACAAAAUAUGUGUGCCCCAAUUGUUAGCUGAAUAAAUUUUCCAGUUGGAGUUCAAUGAACAUUUUCAGUAGACCACUCAGUUUUAAGUGCUUACCCUUACCUCCGCUUUGACUAUCCAAAUAUCCCAUUUUAUUGUACCUUUAUUCAGUUCGGCUGUCAUUUCCUCUAUACACACUCACACUGUGUAAAUCAGAUUGGAUAACUGGAAACUUGUUUAAGGGUGAUUUUUAAAUAAUCUUUCUUAUUUUUAGUGCAUAUUACUAAAUAUUCUUUGCUUUUUUCUUCCUGGUGAUAUUCACGUAUUGUUUCAACCAGUUGUAAUCUUGAACCAUGUUCUGUAUAUUGUUUCUGUUAGUUUCUGGAUUCACCAACUAAUAAAAACAAAGUAUUAUCAUACUUGGUAAUUAUCCAUUUUUAGUAAACAUCUUUACUUUCACCCGUAUCUGAACUUAUGGCAUUACCUCAACCUAAUACCUCAGAUUUAUGUACAAAUCAUGAACUAUAUGAAGGGUUAUCCUACUAUACUUGAUUUGUAUUAUAGUUUUUAUUUAGUGCGUUUAUUAUUCAUUUCAUGUUGACUUGUUUAUCGUAAAAAGUAGACCACAAUAAGAGUUAAUAUAGUGUGAGUUGUCAAUAUUCUGUCGCUUAGGAUUUAUCACCAUAUAAUUUGAAUUUGAAUCACUUUACUGUAGUACACGGCACUCAGUACAAUGUUUUAUAGCAAUCAGUUUUAAAGCAAAUGGUUCGUUUAAUAAAUGCACUGAAUCUAUUCAGUCUAGCUUGAUAUUCUGAUUAUCGAUAGUCUUAUCGUUAUUACCAUUAUGUCAUUCAUGUAUUUUAAGGGGAAUUUCGUUAAAUCCGUUAAUUAGGUAUUUGUCGUUGUUGGUGAACAUCAUUUAAAAAGAAACGGCUGCUAAAAUACUCAUUAACUAGUAGUUUAUUAGAGAUUUAUUAAUGUGACUGGUGCAGUUUUUACGAUCCUAACUUCCAUAAUUAAGUCCCAACUUAGGUUCAGAAACAUCAAAUCAGAGGAAAUGAGACAUUUGUUUCGUCAACCAGAUUUUGUUAGGUUACAAACAUGGACAUAUGUACCACUUUGACCGUGAAAGUGGAACUUGAUUUCAUUCAUUGGAGGGUUUUGUAUGAUUAUUUCACUGGGAUUGCUAAUAUGUACUGCUACAGGCACCAUUAAUGCACUCAUUUUUGUAAACUUGUUUCAGACAACUAUUAGUUGUGUCGUCCAUUGGUAUUUACUUUACUGUCGGUAUGCUUCUAUUGGCAAAAUGCUGUUUGACUUGUUCUGUAAUCUGCCACUUUUAAUGAUUUCGCAUAGUAAUUAACGCGGUAUGAGGUUCUGAGCAAAGGAAAUCAGGAUUUUCUGUGUGUAAACUAAUAUGCGGUUUUGUGUCAUAUCUGAAAGGUCGGUUUCUGCUUUAAACUCUGUGUUUGAGAAUCUGGUACAACGUGACUCCAGUUUAUAUGUAAUGUGUCGAUCGAAUGUCCAAUGUUGUCGCAGCAUAAUUUCGUUUCCAGGUCGUAUUAUCAUAUUGUAGUAACAUUCUUUGGCCAAAGGAAAAGCCUUUGUUUGACCGUUAUAUUAGUAAUUCUAUGCAGUCUUGUUAGAAUAAAUAACUGUAGAAUGCAAUUUAUCUGGUGAAAAUUCCCAUUUAGACGACGAAUAGAGCGAAAAAUUUUCCAUUCGUUUUUCAUCAUGUAUAUUAAUAUCAUGCUAGUAGCGAUUUAACACAAUGAUUAUAUAACAGUGUUUAUAAAAUGACAUUAAGUAAUUAAGUAGUUGAGAGAAAUGGUUAUGGUAAUCAAAGUAAUUAUUCGAAAAAUUCGACUAAGGUUGCGACAUUACUUAGUACGUGAGGAAAGCUCAGUAUUGUAGUAAUAUUAAGAAUCAAGAAACUGCUAUUGAAAGUAUCUCCUAUGGAGUGGUAUUAAAAUGUUGGGUGACUGACUGUUUCUUUAAGCGACCCAUUGUACAAAUCUGGAAGUCCAUCAUCUCAUGGUGGAACACCAUCCAUCUUGGUUUAACAAAGGACAGGUGGGAGUGACUAAGAGUUCAACUCUCACAUGGUAAACAAAAAAGGUCGUGUUGAUUUGAAUAAAGCUUUAAAAGUUUCCAACAUAUCCCAUCAAAUUUACCACCUUGUUUGCAAGUUUGUCUUGUACAUAUUACUGAAUCUAUCGGAAUCCAUAUUCACAAACCUAGCUUUUGCAUUCAAAAGAAAUUUGUACAACCAUUAUCGCUAUCUUGGUCGUCCGUAUAAGAGCGAGCUUUAGUGAAAUUUUAAUUAAACCAAUUUUCUAAUUUAUUUCACUUUUGUAUUUCUGCAUAUUUUCAACGUAUGAUGAAUUCACUGUAG